AUGUCUCAAUUAAUCGGUCAAUGUCAAGAUGAAUUAUGUUUAAAAGGGGCCAAUCCUCAAUCAAAACGUUUAUAUCUAUGUUCACAUCAUUGUUGCAAAUUGGUAUGUCGUGAUCAUUUAACUGAACAUGAUGAAUAUGUUGAAAAACGACCUCAAUAUCAAAACAAAUUGAAAGCUUUAUGGAGCGAUUAUAUGGUAAAAUUUAAUGAAGAUCUAAUUCGAGAACAAAUUCAAAUUUUACAAAUCACACUUAAAAAUCAACAGAAUUUAAAGAAAUAUAUUGAGAAUUUAUUAACAAUUAAUCAUUUUCAUGAUUCAAUGAAAAAUAAUCAAGAAUUUGAAAUAGCUAUUGCAAAAGUACAGCAAGCUAUUCAACAAGAAAAUCAAUCAGAACCAACUCAUAACAUACAACCUCAAGUUAAAAAUAAUAACGAGAAUGAUGAAAGAUCAAUUGUUAUUAAUGAUUCAAUACAUCGAAUUUUAGGUUCAGUAAUUCAUCUGGAUGACCAUGAUGAACAGCAUCCAGCUGAUUAUAAUGAAGCAAAAGAUCAAACGUUAUCAACUGAUGGAAAUGUCUGUAUCCAUGUUGCAGAAAAUAAUCGAUUGGAUCAAGCAAAUUGCGCUACUGAAGAAUCGGCUGUAACGCAAACUGAAUCACCACUCAAUGAAAUGACGGAGAUUGAAAAUGUUGUUGCUCUCAAACAAGAUGGUUUUCAAAAAUCAGAAAGUAUUACCUCUUUAGAAGAUACAUCUGAUUUGAGUCAAUCAACGGCCAGCGAAUUAGAUCGCCAGUCAAGUGAAGAUAGUUGUUAUUAA